AUGAAGCUAACGCAGUUGAGGAAUAAAUUGAAAACCAGUUCUGAAUUAAAGCUGUUAGACGAAAAUGCUCAAGAAACAGAUGAUAUUUCAGCCGCCAAGGAUUUAAAAUUAGACUCUGAGACAAUCUCCUUAGAUGAGUUAACAGAUUAUAAGGUAGAGGAUGUUCAGCUUUGCUUGCGAGUUGUUGUGCAUUGCUGGUUGCAUAAAGACUCAAGUGCAGCAGAUUAUCUAGCCGAUUGUCAGUCGAAACAGCUGACAAAUGUGUCCUUUUUGCAGAGAAAUGAUUUGAUUCAAUGGCUAUCUGGUGAAUCGCAAGUAUCACAAUAUAUUGUUGAAGGGGAUGAUGAAGCGACCGCGAAGAACAAAGCUCCAGUAGUUGUUGUACCGGAGUCGGAGGACGAUCGAGUUUUAAAAGAAAUUAUGUUGCAUGAAAGAUGUCUUGCUGACCAUAACUCGUCACUGAGAGGAACGAAAUCGAGGAAUUUUGGGUAUUUGAUUAAAGAAGCUGAGCUCAAGAUAGUACAUCCCUUAAAAGCUAGUCGUCGGUCUAAGGUAGCUGCUGGCAUUUCAAAGGAUGCAGGAGCCCGCCCAUCUCCAGCAACAGACCCCAUUAUUUUAAUCCCAUCGGCAGCUUCUUCCAUUUUUACUAUUUCGAACAUUAAACAGUUUCUUGAAAAUUCCCAGUAUAUACACCCAAAGGAUCUUUCUACAGUUAAAAAUGAUUUAACCUCUGUUGUGAAGAAGUUCGAUCGAAUCUCCAGACCCAUCAAGUUUUUGAUUGUCAAUAGCACACGGCUGUUUACAAAACCGGAAUAUUGGAACCGUGUAGUUGCAAUUUUUACCACAGGCCAUGAAUGGCAAUUCAAGAACUAUCAGUGGUCCAAUCCAACUGACCUGUUCCAGCGUUGUAAGGGCUAUUAUUUCCAUUUUGCAGGGGACGUAAUCCCCAAACAUGUAGACCAGUGGAACGUACAGAAAGUUGAGCUCGAGAAGAAUAAGAGAUUCAAAGACCUCGAAGUCUUGAGAUUCUUCUGGAAUACGAUGGAGAAGGAGUUACUAGCGAGGGGAUACCAUUGA